GUAUUUUGUGGAUGAUCGUAUGGGCUGCUCGCAAUGCUUGGGAUCAAUCUGUGACGUGAAAUGUGAACUUCUCGAAACAUGACAUAGGAAGAGGGACACAGUAAUGAGCCAAACUAGAAAGGACAUAUCAAGUGAGUUACAACAGUAACGUCACCAGCUGAUUUAUCAAGAUGCUAUGGUUGAUGAUGAAAAGAGGCCCUUUCUCGAGCUUUUUACGAAGAUGUCACCAUCACAAAGGAUUUAGACUUAAUAAUGACAUAAACAUGAAUGUUAUCAUCAUUGAGAGACAGUGUCAUGGACAGGGUCAUUCAGACCAGAUGAAAAGAUGGAACGUGAUGUUCUUUGGCACUGACCAUUUCUCAAUUCCUCAUCUGCAAAUGAUGGAAGAAUCAAGACAGAAAGGACUCUUGAUUAACAAGCUAGAAGUUGUAGUUCCACAAAGCACAUUUAUCAAACGGCGAGGUAGGACCAGGAAACCGUCUCCGGUGUGGGAGUUUUGUCAGGAUCACCAACUCACCUGUCACCAAUGGCCUUUGGAUAAUAACGUCUCUGGUUUUGAUGUUGGCAUUGUUGUUUCUUUUGGUCAUCUAUUACCAGAGUGGCUAAUGAAAAGCUUCCCUCUAGGUAUACUGAAUGUUCAUCCCAGUCUCUUGCCUAGAUGGAGGGGAGGUGCACCUAUCCAGCAUACAAUACUCAAUGGUGAUGAAGUCACUGGAGUAUCUAUUAUGAGAAUCCUCCCAAACAGGUUUGAUGUUGGACCUAUUUUAAUUCAGAGGCAAUAUGAUGUUCCAUGCAACAGUACUACAGAGAGUCUUACAAAUGUUCUUGCCAAAAGGGGCUCAGAAAUGUUGAUAGAAGUCCUCCACAAUUUACCUGAGUUUAUUGCAAACGAGAUACCUCAGAAGAAAGAUGGAAUUACCUUGGGACCAAAGAUACCACCUGCCUUAGCCUGGAUAGACUGGGAAGCUACGCCCCAGGAGAUAGACAGGUUGUUCAGGGCCAUCGGACAAGAGAUGCCUCUAAAGAGUUUAUUUGGAAGUGAAGAAAUGAGACUGGAACAAAUGGUACAUUCUCAUGAUUGCUCAGGUCUGUCACUUUCUGAUGUGGUUGAGCCAGGUUUUAUUUCUUUCAACAAGAAUAACAACAUCAUCUAUGUUCGCUGUAAGGAUGGCUGGGUUGGAUUCCGCUCCAUCUCUCCGAUCGGUCGUAAGAGGAUGACAGCCAAGGAGUUCUAUAAUGGUUAUCUAUCAGGUAGGAGGAGAGAUGAUGAUGAUGAAAGGAGAUGUUUUAGGAAUCGUGAUGUCACAGAUAGAUGACCCUGGGAUCUGCAGGAAUCGACUUCUGUGUAAACCAAUUCAUAAGACCAGAUUCUUUCUGGAUCCUGCUUCAUCUUUUACCCACACAGUCAAAUCUGUGUUAGUGGUCAUCAAAGUAUGAAGGCCUUGGCUGAAGUUGCUGUUAAUUUAAUUUUUUGUUCCUUGGGAGAGAAAUUACGUGUUGCAAUCUAGAAAUGUCACCUUUCAAUACUGCUUAAUGUGACAGAAUGAGAUCAAAGGUUACUUACACAAGAAUUUUAUAUCUUUAGUAAGUAAUGGACAUAAUUGAGGACAUAAUAUUAAAUUCAGUUAUAUUUGCAUGCCAUUUGUAUUUCGAUCAACAAUAUUUCUCUCCCCAAUUCUGUUUUCAUUGUUUGUGCAUGUUAGAAGAUCGUAUAGGGUAUAACUCAACUGGAGAAGAUCCAUUUUUAAAACAGAUGUCCAGGAGGCUACCAGUGGGAAAGCAAUUUAAUUAUUUUCCAUGAAUAUAUUUAUUUGAAUAGUUGUUGAAUCAUAUUGACCAUCAGUCUCACAAUCAUGCAAAUUGAAACCUCAUAAAAAAUCCAGCUGAAAACCAAAAAUCGUAGACAUUAACGUACCUUCCCCCGUCCAAUUGAAAAUUCAAAACAUAGCUUAAUAGUAUUUGUCAUUACCUUUAUCAUCACUAUUGGAUUCAUCAGUUUCAUUCUCAGUGGAUAGACAUAAAUUUUGUCAUUUGGUUUACAAAUAUAAUUCGGAUGGCUAUCUGACAAGUCACAAUUCUGUGGAUCAGCUAUCAAAAGCUUCCCGUUGACAGUCUUUACUUUCCCAACAUGGAGUGGGCGAAUGUUAUAGACAUCACCCUCAUUGGUGAUGUCGACAAUGACAUAAGGCUCCAUGAAAUAAGUGUCCAUCUUAUGUCUCAUUGUGAAAGCCAUCCUCUUAAAAAAUUACCCUCAGCUUAAACACCAAAGGAGAAGGCCGUACCUCUCUAUCUUGUUUUACCUUAUUCUCUGCGGUACUGGCCUUGAGAUUCUUCUCAAUAAGAUCAUUCAACUUACUCAAAGCUGCUGCUUGAUGAGGAUAAAGAACAGCAGCAAUCGCCACUUGGGGUAGCUUGAAAUAUUUUGUUAUCCACAUUGAACCAUUUAUUGGAGCAAUGCAAUGUUAACGUUUGUUCAUCAUGAAAAUUAUUUAUGAAUUAUCAAGUGUUUUAGUCUUUUUAGACUGUGUACACAAUUACAUGUUUUAGAUAAGAAAUUUGAUAGGGCAUUAAAUUAUUUAAUUUUCUCUGUUUAGAGAUUUCACAUUUCAUGCCACAUAGGGUACUUUAAUAAAUUGAUAGAUACAUACAAUACAAAAGGUGCCUGCACCUCAAUGGAUCUGCACUCCUACCAAUGUAAGUAUACCAUUUUAAAAUGUCACGAGGCCAUCAUAUAUCAUCAUCACCACUAUCAAUUCAAAGUUUUAAAUCCGGUUUUGUCCCAGUGAACGGGGGUGACCGGAUUCACCUCACACUUGCAGCAAUUGCCCGUACCCCCUCCCUCCACUUUGCCCUAUUCAGUGCAUCCUAGAUAAGUAUUCUGAUUGUAACAAAAAUCCUCAUGAAAUUGCUGCUUUCUUAUGAGUCAUGACCAUGUUGGUGUUGAAAAAUUCCUGACACACAUACUACUUUCAAAUGAUGCGAUUUCAAUGUCAAUGAUUCCAAAUUUGUAUGAAGGUUUUGUGUUUGGUAUUUUGAGUAUGUCAGCCGUAUAUGCCCGUAUCAUUGACACUUCGCUUCGGAAACCUCCCGAGGACUGUCAGGUUGGGCAUGGUGGGAAGGCCUUUAAGAGAGGGUUUUCUGUACUGGAACAAACACUACAUUUUUAGGCUCAGUUUGCAUGAAAUGUGGCUUUAAGCCUUUGGGUUGGCAUUUUGGGCCAACUUUGCCUUUAUCCGAGACUCUUGCUCUGACUUUGAUGAUCUGGCUUUUUGCAAUUCCAGCUAUGAUGGCCAACCUCUCCGCAUUCAAAACAGCGCACCUCGUCCGCUGAGACUAUAGUUCGCACCUUCAUGAUAUAUAUGUAUAGUAGUGUUGUCAAAAUUUGAACCUCAAUCAUUUGCUAAGCUUUUUUGUAUUUUCUGGCUAAUUAUAAGUAUCUGUUUCUGUUGCUAUUAGAACUCCAAUAGCUAGUCCAUUAACGCAUGAAUGUGUGAGCACCAAGAAAUCUUUGCAACUGGUGCAAUCUGUUACUUGAUGCAUCCAUGAAACAAAGCUCUCUAGAAAACUUGUGUAUUGUAUGAACAUGUUGUAUUAAAGGUGGGCAGGUGGCUACAAUGGUCUGGUUUUAGCAACCUCCACAACCAUCUGGCAUUGUACUUGUCUGCAAAUCUGCUUCAAACUGAUGAACAUUUCUCGAUUAUCAUUUGCCACACCAUAAUUAGCUUUGAAAAUCUUACAUUAUUGCUAUGCUAAUACAUAGAGCAUUCAAGUGUUAUGAUUUUAUCGUCAUUGAUCCACUCUUGUCUCAUAAAAAAAUAUAAAGUUUUUUUUUUUUGUAGACCUUUCAAUCCAGAGAUGAGUUUCAGUAUAACCUUAUUCUCUGGAAUAAUCUGCCACUUUUAUUGCUGAAGAUUCUGUUCAUUGGUCUAUCUGCAAACACUUCUUUUCUAUUAAACUGUACAUCUCCCUGGAUCUCCCACACAUACACCAGUUUAAAACUUGAUUUAGCCUCAAGUACUGGUGAAGGAGAUCAAAGAACCUGCACCAAGAAGUCUUCAGAGACUGGGUGUGAACCUUAUCAUUGCGACUACCAAUCCUUUUUAUCUGCUCCCAGCUUAGGCUCUCAAUGAGAAUGAGAAUAUAGGAAACAGUAUCAUUACCGGUAUCUUUUGAUUUUCAUUUAGAAUAUGAUUUAAAUAUAUAACACCCCAAAACAACAACACAGCCUAAUCUUAUUAACCGAACAACUUUCUCAGCAAAGCAUUCCAUUGUCUCAUUUCCUUCGGAACAGUGGCAGCUUUUGCGUUUUACUAGGACCUUAUUGUUUUAUCUCUUAUCUUGAGUAUCAAACAAUCCUUCCUCUUGUGGUGAGGCAUCCUUUACUUUGUCAUUAGAACAACCCAUUACUCUAUCUUUGUUACUUGGUCUUCUUACCAACAGAAUAUAUUGGAAUUGAUAAUUCCUUAAUGUGAGCCUGUAAGGAAUUAAUUGUUAAAUUGUCCUAUCUGGGUGCCAAAGAUAGUUUGUUUUGUUGGUCAUCAAUAUUUAGUGGAUACAUCAUGGUGUCCAGACUUCCUACAGGUUCUUUCUCUUUGAUUUCAUAUAAGAGUUACUCUCUUUUUCUCCCUCCUCUGUUUUAGAAUUUGUAACAUCAACUGUAGUCUGUAGUUGGUAUUGUAGUAUCCUAUUGACUCCUAUAAAAGCAAGUACAGCGAUAGUUUAGCAGCCCCAGCAAUCCUUUUUCUAGUAUGUUUAUGCAUAUUUGAGCUUAAUUUAGCAAACAAAGCAAACAAACAAACAGCUGAUGAGUAAGUUUGCAAUUAACUUUUUAUUUGAUUUGAUUCAAUGAAGAUGGGUUGAAAUAUCAAGUUAAUCACUUCAAGAGCUUUCAUGACUUACUUUCAUGAAUACUUGCAGGUGAAAAAAAAAUCAAAUACAAUGAUAAUCAACAUCACUUAAUGGUAGAUAAACUGUUGAGCCCGUGUAUUGAGCACAUUUAAAGAUAGUCUGAUCAGACAUAUCUCUUUAAACUUUAAAAUAAUCUAUUCUCCUAGAUCUGUGCAUGUGCAAAAAAUUUAAUAGGUAAACUGUUGAGCACACUUGUACUCGUGCAUAGUGUACAACCUGAACAUAAGACUUUUGAACCAUGAGAAUCUAGAUGGAAGGUCAGUGGUUGGUAUAGUAUGUUUAACUUUACAUAGAUGCAUGUAGAAAGUAAAAUAAAACUUCUUAUAUAAUAUAUAUACACUGCUGAGUACAUUCAAAUUCUCUCUUUGAUCUUGAGAGAUCUAUAGGAAAGCCAGUGGAUUAUAACUGCACAUAACUUCACACUGUUAAGCACAGGUGCUGAGCACAUCAGACAUCUCUCUAUAAACUUAAAUAAUCUAUAUUACUAUGCACAUACACAAAUAUACAAAAUUUUAUAGAAAAUAAAUAGGUGCAUGAAAUAUCAUGAUAGCUGAACUGUAAAGGCAGUUUUUACUAGCAUAUUAGACUUUGAAUGAAUGAAUGAAUCUUUAUCUUGUUUUAAUUCCAACAACAACAGCAACAUUAAAUCAUUGUAUUACAAGUUAAGGGCAAAGAACAUAAGUAAAUAAUUACAGAAUAAAAUAUAUACUACAUGAACUACAUUAUGAUGGAACAUUGCAACAUGGAUCAGAUAAUAUGGCAAAGAAACGUGGUGACCUACUAAGAAGCUUAGCUUGUGAGCCAUAGGCCACCAGAAUGUAAUAAACUUAGUAAAUCAAUUGUUUAAA